GCAGGCGCGGCCGGGCCGGCGGCGCGGGAAGAUGGCGGCCGGGAUCCGGGAGAAGCAGACAGUGGCUUUGAAACGUAUGCUGAACUUCAAUGUUCCUCCAGUUAAAAACAGCACAGGAGAACCAGUAUGGAAGGUUCUCAUUUAUGACAGAUUUGGCCAAGAUAUCAUCUCACCUUUGCUGUCAGUGAAAGAACUGAGGGAUAUGGGGAUCACUUUGCAUCUGCUUUUACAUUCAGAUCGGGAUGCUAUUCCAGAUGUCCCAGCUGUUUACUUUGUAAUGCCAACAGAAGAAAAUAUUGACAGAAUGUGCCAGGAUCUUCGGAACCAGCUUUAUGAGUCUUACUAUUUAAACUUCAUUUCUGCCAUUUCAAGAAGUAAACUGGAAGAUAUUGCAAAUGCUGCUAUAGGUGCUAAUGCUGUAACUCAAGUGGCUAAGGUGUUUGAUCAAUAUCUUAAUUUUAUUACUUUAGAAGAUGAUAUGUUUGUAUUGUGUAACCAAAACAAAGAACUUGUUUCAUACCGUGCCAUUAACCGACCAGAUAUAACAGACACAGAAAUGGAAACUAUAAUGGACACUAUUGUUGAUAGUCUCUUCUGUUUUUUUGUUACACUUGGCGCUAUACCUAUAAUCAGAUGCUCAAGAGGAACUGCAGCUGAAAUGGUGGCAGUGAAACUGGAUAAGAAGCUCAGAGAGAAUCUAAGAGAUGCCAGAAACAGUCUUUUUACAGGUGAUACACUUGGAGCUGGUCAAUUCAGCUUCCAAAGGCCCUUAUUAGUCCUUGUUGACAGAAACAUAGAUUUAGCAACUCCUCUACAUCAUACUUGGACAUACCAAGCUUUAGUGCAUGAUGUUCUGGAUUUCCAUUUGAAUAGAGUUAACUUGGAAGAAUCAGCAGGAACAGAAAGCACUCCAGCAGGUGCAAGACCUAAGAAAAAAAAUAAGAAGUCCUAUGAUUUAACUACAUCUGAUAAAUUCUGGCAAAAGCAUAAGGGCAGUCCUUUUCCAGAGGUGGCUGAGUCUGUUCAGCAAGAACUGGAAUCUUACAGAGCCCAGGAAGAUGAAGUCAAAAGACUUAAAAGUAUCAUGGGCAUUGAAGGGGAGGAUGAAGGAGCAAUAAGUAUGCUUUCAGAUAAUACAGCUAAGCUAACUUCAGCUGUCAGCUCUCUUCCAGAACUUCUGGAAAAGAAGAGGCUCAUUGAUCUUCAUACAAAUGUUGCAACAGCCGUUUUGGAGCACAUAAAGAGUCGAAAGCUGGAUGUGUAUUUUGAAUAUGAGGAAAAAAUAAUGAGCAAAUCCACUCUGGAUAAAUCUCUUCUGGACAUGAUUUCUGACCCAGAUGCAGGAACUCCUGAAGAUAAAAUGCGAUUAUUUCUCAUCUAUUACAUAAGCUCAGCUCAGGCACCUUCAGAGAUUGACUUGGAGCAGUAUAAAAAAGCAUUGAUGGAUGCAGGUUGUAAUCUUGCUCCUUUGAGCUACAUAAAACAAUGGAAAGCUUUCACUAAGAUGGCUUCAGCUCCAACCAGCUAUGGAAACGCUACACCUAAACCUUUGGGUCUGUUUUCACGUGUUAUGAAUACAGGAUCACAGUUUGUAAUGGAGGGAGUGAAGAACUUGGUACUGAAGCAACAAAAUCUGCCAGUCACACGUAUUUUGGACAACCUUAUGGAGAUGAAGUCAAACCCUGAGACAGAUGACUACCGGUAUUUUGACCCCAAGAUGCUGCGAGGCAGUGACAGCUCAGUUCCAAGAAAUAAAAAUCCAUUCCAGGAGGCAAUAAUGUUUGUAGUUGGAGGAGGCAACUAUAUUGAAUAUCAAAAUCUCAUUGACUACAUAAAGGGUAAACAAGGCAAACAUGUCCUGUAUGGCUGCAGUGAACUUUUUAAUGCCACACAGUUUAUAAAACAGCUGUCCCAACUUGGCCAGAAAUAAAACUGAAACACCAUUACCUGGAUGGAAACGUGACAACAGAGAAUUGUUACAACAUUCAGAUAUCUUCAUAUCUUAAAUUUUGUCACUAUAUUAAAACUUUAACCCAUUUCAUUAAUAUGAUAACUUUUAAAAAAAUCUGUAAUUAAUACGGUGUAUAUCAGCAUUUCAGAAAUAAAACCUACUGUGGUUUUGGUGGA